CGUUUCAGUGAACUAUUUUCGAGAGUCACCCUUGAAUGAUAACUAAUUUUUCAUAAUCACCACCUAAUACUAUGUCAGUUAUUGGAACAUUAGAAUUUUUGUUCUUUGAAAAAAAUGUACGAGUUUAAAGUAUCGGCGCCAGGCAUAGUAUUCUUAUACGGAGGUCCCAAGUUGGAAAUAAUUGAAUAUAAUAAAUCUUGCUUAGCAGCUGGCUUAGAUAUACGUACCAAGCUUGAAUUCAUUCAAGGUUCUUCACCGUCUUCAGGAGUAGAAUCAAACGAAACUAUCAGAAUAAAAUUUAAAAAUUUAAAAUUAUAUUUGGAGAUACCCUUAGAAGCUAUUUACAAAUGCUUUUAUGACCAAAAUGGCGUUCGCGAAUUUUCGUGUGAAAAUCUAAUGAAUACGAUAGAAGAGUUCAUUAAAUCAUUAAAUAUUCCCGACAACACUUACGACCCCACGAACGAAGUACAGAAUUCAUUUUUAAAAUCAUUUUUAUAUCUGCUUCUUCAUAUGGCCUACGAAGAAAAUAUCAAAAUAACAGCUUCUGUUAUCAUGAAACUGUCGACGGAUUUGCCGAUCGCAAAGGGCUUGGGAACUACAACAUCCUUUAUAGUAUGCCUCGCAGCGUGCUUUUGGCGUUGGUCGCUUUUGCAGAAAGGGAUUGCUCGUAACACAUUUGAUAGCCAAGACUGCAUAAAAAUCAGGCGUUAUGUUUGGCGUUGCGAGAAGAUCGUGUACAACUUCAAGAAUAUGAUCAACAAUUUCAUAUCCGUAUAUGGCGUCAUGGUGAUGUACAAAGAUGAAAUUGAUAAGUUUACGUUGCAUAAAAUAGAGCCCAUUAGGAUCCUGAUUGUUGACUCGAAUAUAAAGGAAAUAAAAAUUGAUCAAUUAAAAGAGAUGAAGAAUUUAAGUCAAUAUGCAGAUCCAAUCAUCACUCGUGCUGCAUUGGAUAAGUCUUUUGAAGCGAUCGAACAGAUUUUUCAAGAGUUCAGAAAGGAAAAUCGAAAAAGAAAUGACACCAAUUUGGCUGACCCGUUAGGGCUAAAGAGUUACCAUAUAAAGACCAUAUUGCUUACGAAGAAGAUAUAAAAAUAACAGCUUCUUUUUUCGUGAGACUGUCGACGGAUUUGCCACUCGCAAAGAAUUUGGGAAGUACAACAUCCUUUAUGGUGUGCCUCGCGGCAUGCUUUUGGCGUUGGUCCCUUUUGCAGAAAAAGAUUGUUCGUUAUACAUUUGAUAGCCAAGAUUGUACGGAAAUCAGACGUCACGUUUGGUGCUGUGAGAAGAUCGUGUACAACUGCAAGAAUACGAUCAACAAUUUCAUAUCUAUAUAUGGCGACAUGAUGAUGUACAAAGAUGAAAUUGAUAAGUUUACGUUGCAUAAAAUAGAGCCCAUUAGGAUCCUGAUUGUUGACUCGAAUAUAAAUCGGCAAAGAAGAUUUGAUCGAUUAGAAUGGAAGAAUUUAGAUCAAUAUAUAGAUUCAAUUAUCAUUCAUGCUGCAUUGGAUAAGUCUUUUGAAGCGAUCGAGCGUGUGUUCAGGAAGGAAGAUCAAGAAAAAAUGAUACCAAUUUGACUGGCCUGUUAUCGCUGGAUAGUUACGUGAAGAUAUUGGAUUUCAUUAAUAUGACUCAAGAUGUACUGAAAGCAAGAGGUUUGUCAAAUCAAAAUAUAGAUUUCAUUUGUGCAAUUGCGCGAAAAUAUUUAUUCGGGUGCAAGAUGACAGGUACUGGUAGAUUCGCGCUUAUUUUCGCAUUACCACAUAUCAUGGAUCAUGACAUUUCUCUAUUAAAAAAUGAACUCGAAUUCUACAAUUAUCGUGUUAUUGAAACAACUAUGUCUUGUGAUGGGAUUAGGAUUGAACGUUUCUUAUGAUGGAGUUAGUACGUUUAUUCUCUUAAUAGAAGAAUUAUGAAAUGAGUAUAAUAUUAUAACGAGAAUUAGUUUUGAUAUUGUGCUUUUGUGUAAUGUAUUGGUUAUAUCCCAUUUAUUAAAUACUAUCUUAUUUUUGCUUAACACGUUAAUGAUGUAAUAUGUAUACAGAAA